CGUAGUUCCCCUCGUUCCCGCACUUCCUUCCCAAGACUGAAAGAGAGCGCGGAAAUUUGACAGUCACCGAGUGACAAUAGUUUUGAUUUGUUUUUAUACAGUAGAAAAGGGAGUAGUUUGUGACUGUUGGUUUCGGAGUCUGAAACGGUUUAUUUAUCCAAACAUUAUUCAUCUAGCCAGCUGUCAGACCAAAAAUGAGAACUUUAGAGGAAGUUCAGGCCACUCUGCAGAUCGCCAAGCUGAAAGAGGGGGACCUGCAGAAAACAAUUCACUGUCUGUCAUUUGGGGAAAACGUCUCUUCUGCAGACUACUGCUUGAUGGAGCUGGACGACACGCUGUGCAAACACAUAGAAGCUGGACAAAGUCUAGUGAUUCGAGGGGAUAAGGAUGAGCGAGCAGUCCUCUGUAGUGGUGACAAGACGUAUGAUCUAAAAAUAGCCGACACAUCCAACCUGCUGCUGUUUGUGCCAGAAUGCCGAACACCAGACCAGCUAACUAACAGCCAGGACUGCGCUCAUGUGGUGCAUGCUCAGAUCUGGGGAUUUUGCAACAGCUACUGGGAACUGAGGAAGCAACGCCCUAAACUGAAGAAGCUGAAGAAGCUUUUAAUGGAGAAUCCUUAUGAAGGACCCGCUUUAGGAGGGCAGGAGGAGAAUAUGGAGAACAGGUACACAAUGCAGGAUCUGUUGGAGAGGAUCCAGGCUAGUGAAGAAGAGACAAAGACCCACUUGGAGACAGUCCAUGCCUGUCUGAUAGAUGGCUACUGGCGCAUGCUGGACUUUGACUAUGAGAUGAAGCUGCUCGGCCACGUGACUCAGCUUGUGGACUCUGAGUCGUGGUCCUUCAACAAGGUUCCCCUUCAGACUUGUCUGGAAGAGUUAGCUCCACUGGAACCCAAAGAGAUGAUCGAGCACUGUUUGAACUGCUAUGGGAAACGCUAUACUGAAAACGACCAAGUUUUUUAUGCACUAAAUGAGGACAAAGUGUGUCGGGGAACGGCACUGCUGCUCCUGCAGAACGCUGUCAAGUUCAAUCUAAAAGAGUUUCAGGAAGUGUGGCAGCAGAGCAUCCCAGAGGGCAUGAGCACAAGACUGGACCAGCUAAGGAGCGUCGCCCUGGUGGACCGCACCUCCCAUCCAGAGACCAUUUGCCUUUUGCGGGUGGAGGAUCUCCCAGAGGACACGCUGGAGCGAUUCAACCACCUCUUCACGCUCAGAGAGAAAUGGACAGAAGAUGACAUCACGCCUUACAUACAGGACCUGUGUGGAGAGAAACAGACCACUGGAGCCCUCCUGACUAAAUAUGCUCGAUCUUCAAUGCAAAAUGGCAUUAAGGUCUUCAACUCCAGAAGGCCUGUGGCUACAUGAACACAUUCAUUGUUACUUAUGGAAUUUAAUCUGGUUAUGUGUAUUUCCAGAGUGACUUUUGCAAUUGUCAAAAUUAUUUCACUCAUUACUAAAAAUGCCUUCUUAGAAUUAAAGUUCAAAACUUAAAGUUUUUGUCACUUAAACAAAAUGCGAUCAUUGUUCUCAGCUUUUAUUUUGUCUUUGAAAAGUGCUUCAUGUUGACAAUAAAACAGAUUUCAUAUUAUCA